GGUCUCCGGCAAUGAAAAUAAAUCUACAAUUUCUCGCUGAAAAAUGGUAGUUUGUACUUUAAAUGAAGUGUUUUCAAGUUUUCACCACCGAGCGUCGAUUAGACACGGUAAACAUUACCUGUAGAAAACCCCUGGAAUAUCUCAAAAUAGACCGCGGGGGUGUGUCUAUAUCGAGCGAUCUGAUUGGCUGAUUCAACCUGUGACGCAAUAUCUACCAUUAGCUUUAUCAAAACAACGUGAACGAAGCCGCUUUUUGGUUAAUAUAAUCGUAAUCAUGGCCGAGGUAGACGUUCACUCCGAAGAAAUCCAAUUUAUAGUACAACCGUAUCAAUUUGAACCAACUUUAAGAUCGGAACAACCCCAAUCUUCAUCAGAAUCUUCAACUGAAAGUGACUCAGAGCGAGACUCGGACAUCGACGUGGCUGUGGUUGAUGAAUGGUGCAACUGUCAUAACUGUAUUGACAUGCCAACUGCCAUAGAGAGGAGAUGUUGCCACAGCUUUGGGGUGUGCCAGCUCAAACUAGAAGAAGCAGACAUCACCUGCAUUACAAAGCACGAAGCUUUCCAAGUCAAUUGCCUCAAUAAGCAUGUCCUCGAACUCGCCUUCUACGAGUAUCUAGACUACAAUGGCCCAAUAGGAGAUGAAGAACCAGUGCAUGAACUCUACCGCUACAUUGCAUAUAGAAGAUACACAAGAUGGCUGUGGCAUCGCAUUGGUAAGAAAAUCAGGAAAGUGAUCCCGGCAUGUGUUGUGAGUGCCAUUCGUACCCCAUUCCCUUCAUCGCAGUACACAGGUUUCCAGUAUCCUAGGGACUACUGAGCGUUAUUAAAGA